AUGAGAAGUCUUCUGGAAGGGAUUCGUCGAUGUCAUCAUCUUGGUUUUUACCGCAUAGAGAUUGAGUCCGACUCCCAACUUCUUGUAAACUGGAUUACUAGAGGGAGCUGCAACAUUUGGUAUUUAGAAGAGUUCUGGGAUGAGCUUCAAGACAAUCUUUCUAAUAUGGAGUAUACGAUGAAACAUGUUUUUCGAGAAGGAAAUGCAGUGGCUGAUUUUCUUGCCAAGCAGGGAGCUGGGGGACUUAACGCGGAUUGGCUUGAUGCUCAUGAUCUUCUGCCCAGCCCUCUUCGGGGACUCCUUCGCAUGGAUAGACUUGGUUCUUGA